UCUAGACUUUCUUUUAACCUUUUGGAAAGUUGCUUUUAUUUUUAUUGACUCGGUUUACUGUCUAACUUCUUACCCUAGGUUAUUCGAAAUCAAGUCUCAACCAUGAGAGCCUUUGAAAUCAGUUCUCUUCUAUACCUGAUCAUAUUUUUGUCUGUUUUGACUCUUUCUGAAAGCGCAAAAUUUAAACUCGCAUACAAAGACAGUAAACAUAACAGGGUGAAGGAAUCCCAGCCUGUGAAAAGAGCUUCACUUGUUCAGUGUGCUGCACAUUGCCUUAGGAGAGAGGUGGAUUGUGAUGGUUUCAGUUUGGAUCUUUCGAAGUCUUGCAGGUUGUUAAAGGGAGACAUUGUGGAAAGUGGUUGUCCUGGAGCUGGUUGUUCUGAUAAAAAGGGUUACUCAGUGUUCAAGAUACUUUCGAAGCAUUAAAUACAUCAUAAUGAACUAUAAGAG